AGGAACCGGAAACCCGCCCAGCCCACCUGUCAGGUGGACAACACUAAUGUGUUCGGAGCCGUUUCGAAACGUUUUCGCGACUCCGGAAACGGAAACCGAGCGAAUAAUUUUAUUUCCACCUUCUUUUGAGACGUUCAGAUGCCUUCGGAAAGUCCAUGUUCUUCGGCGUUGGGUACGAGCGUUAAAACAGCGAGAGGCUUCCUUGGUUGAACGUUGAAUAAAGUCACUCCUAAACGUAUUUGUCGCUGAAUUCAUCCUGGAGUCAACAUGGACAUGGAGAUGCAGACUAUUAGAAACAACGGAAGCGACGCGGCGGGACAUCAGAUGGCGACCGCCACAGGAAACAGAGAGGGCCACACCCACAGGGGCCCCUACUCAGCUGAGACGGGGAGGCUGCUGGAAGCUCAGUGUAACGGUGGGAGCGUGGAGAUAAAGUCUGCUGGACGUGUGCUCGCACUCAGGGACCCUCAGGGUAGCGCCAUCUGCAAAAUGAAAAAGGAGCUGAAAGAGGUGGUCUGCUGGAAAAUACCUCUGUGGAUGCUACUCCUCUUCCUCCUCGUCCUCAUCGUCGCCAUCAUCCUCAUCGCUCUGGCCCUCUGCCCCGCUCUUCACCAGGACGUAGAUGAGAAGUUUGACCCCUCGACCUUCAACAUUCCUCGCCUCUUCAAGGGCAACUUCAGUCUCCUUGACCUGCCGUUCAGCGACGACCUCCUGGUGCCGUCGUCCAAUCAGAGCCAAGCUCUCAGCCAUGUCCUGCAAGGCAAGCUGACCGUGGUCUACAGCUCCUCUCCUGCUCUGAGCCGCUACUUCUCUGAAGCCGAGGUCCACGCCUUCAGGAACGGCUCGGUGGUGGCCGAGUACCGGUUGACCUUCCUGAUGCCGGAGCAGCAGCAGGAGCAGCUGACAAGGUUCACCUUGAGCAGGGAAAUGGUCUACAAUGUGCUCAGGCAGUCCCUGCACCAGCAGGAGGACCGCGGCGCCUACAUCGACCCGCUCUCUCUCACCUUGGUCUGAGGCCUAGGGGGAUUCUUCCCAUCUUCUUUGGAUUCGCCAGAGACACUUCAAUAGGUACACCUGCACAGGAGAGAUCCACCAAUAUCAUUAUCGACCUUGCGAUCUGGCAUUUUGACAUGUCGUUGCCACAACUACAUCAGCAGAUAUAAAAUAUCAUAAACUCUCUUUUAUCAGUAUAGCAGAGCAGAGGACAGAAAUUGUUAUUGUGCUGUGGCGCCAUCUUGUGGCCGAAUUGGUUCACUGCAGUUUUUUCUGCCCUCUGAUGGCAGAUAUUUAACAUUUACCUAUUUCUUUACAUACACUGUAAACUAAAAAAAAACUGUACAUUUUGUGGUUGAAAAAAAGGCAGCACAGUUGCUAAAUUAUACCACAAUCAGGCAUGUUAUUUUACCGUCUUUUGAUCUCUGUAAAAAUAUAAAAAUAAAAUAUUUUUUUAUUUUCUCCGACCUACAA